CACCCAGAGGCUGAUGCUCACCAUGGGGCGCCUGCAACUGGUUGUCUUGGGCCUCACCUGCUGCUGGGCAGUGGCGAGUGCCGUGAAGAUUCCAUAAUACACUAUCUGGGCUUUGUCCCUGUCAUUGAUGGAGACUUCAUCCCCAAUGACCCCAUCAACCUGUACGCCAACACCGCCGACAUCGACUAUAUAGGAGGCACCAACAACAUGGACGGCCACAUCUUCGCCAGCAUCGACGUGCCUGCCAUCAACAAGGGCAACAAGAAAGUCACGGAGGAGGACUUCUACAAGCUAGUCAGUGAGUUCACAUUCACCAAGGGGCUCAGAGGUGCCAAGACGACCUUUGAUGUCUACACUGAGUCCUGGGCCCAGGACCCAUCCCAGGAGAAUAAGAAGAAGACUGUGGUGGACCUUGAGACCGAUGUCCUCUUCCUGGUGCCCACCGAGAUUGCCCUGGCCCAGCACAGAGCCAAUGCCAAGAGUGCCAAAACCUACACCUACCUGUUUUCCCAUCCCUCUCAGAUGCCCGUCUACCCCAAAUGGGUGGGGGCCGACCAUGCAGAUGACAUUCAGUACGUUUUUGGGAAGCCCUUCGCCACCCCCACGGGCUACCGGCCCCAAGACAGGACAGUCUCUAAGGCCAUGAUCGCCUACUGGACCAACUUUGCCAAAACAGGGGACCCCAACAUGGGCCACUCGGCUGUGCCCACACACUGGGAACCCUACACUACGGAAAACGGCAGCUACCUGGAGAUCACCAAGAAGAUGGGCAGCAGCUCCAUGAAGCGGAGCCUGAGAACCAACUUCCUGCGCUACUGGACCCUCACCUAUCUGGCGCUGCCCACAGUGACCGACCAGGAGGCCACUUCCAUGCCCUCCACAGGGGACUCCGAGGCCACUCCCGUCUCCCCCGACAGGCAACUCCGAGUCUGCCCCCAUCCCUGCAACGGGUGACUCUCAGGAUGCCCCUGUGCCCCUCACAA